UCUUAUACUCUGCUGUGCUUCGAAACUUAAAUUAGGAAGACGGCACAUGUACCCACUUGAAUUGGUCACUGAUUUGGUGGAGAACCUUUAAGCUUCUUCUUGGUAUUGGGUAUUUGUUUCUGCUUGCUAAUGGGAAGCUGUUUUAACUAUCAUUUUGCAAUGGAAAGAGCCAAUUUUUGUAACUGAUGUCUGAAUUACCCAUAAUAAAAGAGUAUGGACUUCAAGUACAAAUUGCAACUAAGUGUCGACAAAAGGAACAGCACCUCAUCUCAGAUAUGAAGUUUUAAAGGAUGUAACUAACUAUCGGCAUAAUUAGGUGACGUUUUGGUCGAAUGUGCUAUUUGAAUGUGCUUAGUAUGUAUUUAAGUGAAUAGAUGUUUCCUGUCUGAUGAAAAUGCUGCCAUACAGGGAUGCUGCCUAACUGCCAUGGCGUCUGCUCAUUUAAUUAGUUUCUUUGUAGCUUCGCAAGAACCAGCAUGCACAAACCAUUCUUAAAUAAAUAAGCUUUUCAGAAGCGCGAAUUCUAGCUCGCUUUUACGAUAUACAGCCAUUAGGUACAUUUCGGUGAUGGAGGAGAGGGUCGUAAGGCUGGUAUUUUAAUAUAAUGUUGCAAGAACUGAACAUUCGUGCAAAAGAUACUUCUACACAAUGAGAGUUUGAAAAGAAGCCUUGCAGUAAGGAAGUGGUAUGGACAAGUCUGUUUACGUGCGGUCCUCGUUGGGUGAGGCAAGACGAAAAAUGUAAAAUAAAAAUAGUAACUAAAAGUUCAUCAAGGGGGCAGGUGAGUGUAGUAGUGCCAAAAGUAUAACUUUGCUUAAGGAAAAUGACAGGAAAGAUAGGAAUUUGUGUACGUGUCACAGAUGUGUUGACGUGCGAUUUUUAAGAAAACGAACGAUGAGCCAAAAACGCGAAAACAGGAAAAUUUCCUGAAGACACUAGGGUGGAGGUGCUAUUCAUUCAGAAGAUACGACCUGGUCCUUAAAAAAUUAAGGCCACCACCUGGGAUCUCAUCAAGUGUUUAGAAGACUGACAAGGAACGGACAGAUGUCUUUUAGGGAACGAAAUAUACUAACAACAUUAGCUAGAGAAGCUCAUGCAGAGGAUGAGUGCCUACUAGGAUGCAGUUUGCGACAUUUUCUGAAGCAGUGUCUUAAGACCCGGAAGCUGUGGGAUACGUCAGGCCGAGGAUUGAUCAAGAAAAAAGCUAUUAGGUAUUUUUGACAUUGUGGAUCUAGGUUUAGCAGAAAAGCGUUUCCCGUUGGGUAUCCACGGAAACAUUUUCCAAGGAUGACCUGAACGGGCGGCUCUACUCUCGUAUUCACAUAAUAAUUUACACAGCAAGUGCAAUCUGUUCCUCGAACUAGAUAAUAUACGAUUUCGACUAGUAUCAUGAUGGAUCUCAAGCAGAAAAACGGGCACACUUCUGCUGGUAGGAAACGCAACUUUAGCAUUGAAUCUAUUUUACAAGGCGAUAUAUUAAAGCAUCCAUUAAAGAGUACCCCAGGAGGCAACGUAUUAGAUAACCUAAAGGACAGUAGGGCUGAUGCUAGCUCCAGGCAAGCAUGUGCAAUUGUUCCUGCUGGGACUUCCAGUGAACUGCAUGACGAUACAGACUUAGGGUUGUUGGAGUCUUCUUCCGUAGCAGAUGACUAUAGAAGGCAACAACACUCUUCUUCUUCAAGCGAUCACCACCCUUACGUGGCCCCAGGAUUGCCGUUUGCAUUGCCGCCCGUCGAUAGUCAGCGCGCAGAGCAUUUCGACUGGAUCAAUUGUACUCGAUACAACCCCCCAAAAAUUCAUCGCGAUUUAUCAACAACGAGCCUUGGAAAUUGCACUAUUAGCGAGCUACCAAAGAAGCGCAAAUAUCUAUCCCGGUCGCCUCGGAUCCCGUUCAACUCGGCGCAGCUGUCAGUCCUUGAAGAACAAUUUCGACAGGCGCCAUAUUUAAGCGGUGCUGAGGUUCAGCGGCUAGCCAAUGAACUCGACAUGAGUGAUGUUAGGGUGAAAAUAUGGUUUCAAAAUCGACGAGCACGCGAGAAGCGGGAACGUCUUGCGAAAACGACGACAGGCCAGCAUCAGAUAGCAGACGCCGCCACAUUACCUACUCAAGCGAGGUCGGCUAUGGAGCUCAACUCUGACAAACGGGGUCCUUCAGAUUCACUAGGGACAUCGGCCGAACAUUUGCAAAGUGUCGAAUUGGCAUUGCUUCCGCAAAGCAACCGCAAAUGCCACUCUUAGCUGGCUAUUAUGGCAACCUGUUAGUACUUAGUAUAUCAGCAUCCAGCAGGGUAUUUCUUUCAUAACUUACGUAUGAUAAGCACAAUGAUAGCUAAAAUCUAAAUACAAGCUUUAAGAAUGCUACGACAUAUUUAAAAAUCAAAUUUUGAGCUCGUAAUUUAUAUUUAGAGCAAGGUACAAUCGUUCAUAAUAGUAAAAGACGUACGAUAAACUGCUAGCAAAUCAAUGAAUACUCCAUUUUCGAGCCACUGGAACUCCUAAUAGUAAUAAUAAGGCCAUUCUUAUUUUACUUAUAAAACUCACCCUAGCGUGUCUAGCGAAACAUGGUCAAAGUGUACCCGCUUCAUUAGACAAAAACGAUGUGAAUACACAUGACUCUAUAUGGAAAUAUAUCAUGUCUUUGAUAUCGUACGAUUGCGCAUCAUAAUGAUCUCAGGAUUUUAUGUCUCAUAGAUCUUUCGCUUUUCUCGAAUCUUGAAAUUUUUGUAUGGAUCCGAAUUUCUUGAAUUAUUCAAUCUUGGGCGGUUUUUGUUUAGCCGGAUGUGAUCAAUAUAAUCGUAUCCAAGGCGUUUAUUUUAAGUGUCUUUAUUUUUAGGCUUUUAUAAUAUAUGAAAAGUUUGGGGCCUCAAACUCUGUUUUACAUUAUUCGUAGUUGUUUUCACGUGCCUUCGGUCCCAUUUGGUUUUGUAUUGAAUAUCUCCUUCAGAUGUAUCAAUAUAUAGGACUGAAUAGACGUAACACCUGUAAAUGCUACAUAGCGCUCAUAGCCUAUGGUAAAGGGUUGUACAACAGGG